AUGUGGUUAGAACAGUGCGAUAGUUUUGCCGAACUCUGUCGCAGCUACUUGCCCUAUUAUUUAUUAAUUGUAUUACCUAUUUUUAUUGUUGUAUCUCCGGUAAAUCCGGUGGCUGCUUCACAUGAAUUACCUGUUUAUCGUAUGCAUCAGUAUGAUUUACACGGAAUUCCUCAUGGUUGCAGAAGUGCAUCAGUACUGUUGGAAGCACGUGGAUUAAGUAAUUGGCGCACAUCCCGGCACUGCGUUAUUGCACGACUUAAUGAUUUGACACCUGAUUUAUUUUAUACAAUUAAAAAUAAAGCUGGAGCAUUAGUUAUUAUGCUUCCUAAAGAUAUGACUAAUUUAACUAUUGAUCAACAGCAGGUCGGAUUUUCUACAAAUAACAACGGAGUAAAAACUAGUUCCGAGAUUCAGUCGUUGAUUGAUAUUGUCUCAGCUAGUGGUUAUCAAGUUAUUGUUAGUGCGGGUCAACCAAUUCCUCGUAAUGACGUCAAGAUAGCGACAAUUCAUGGUAGAUUAUCUGGUACUGGUGCUGAGGACAAACUGCCGACAAUUGCAUUGGUUGCUUAUUACGAUAGCUCAAGUGUCGUUACGGAACUGUCUACGGGUGCGGAGAGUAAUGCGUCAGGUGUGUCAAUGUUGUUAGAACUAGCGAGGAUAUUUUCAGCUUUGUAUUCAAUUGGUAAAUCACGACCAAAAUUUAAUGUUGUGUUUGUACUGAGUGGCGGAGGUAAAUUGAAUUAUUAUGGAAGUAAAAAAUGGCUCGAAGAUCAAUUUGAUGGUCUGGAAGGCUCUGUUAUUCAGGACGCAUCAUACGUUCUCUGUUUGGACGCCUUGUCUCUAACAGACAAUCUCUACCUGCACGUGUCAAAGCCUCCAAAAGAAAACUCCUUCGGUUACUUAUUCUACAACGAGCUGAAGACUGUAAUCGAGAGCUACAACUCCAAGACUGAAGACAACGUGAGCCUAGAAGGUAUUCAUAAAAAAAUAAACCUAGCCGACGAGUCUUUGGCUUGGGAGCACGAGCGCUACAGCAUAAGACGCUUGCCAGCGGUGACAAUAUCUUCUCUGAGAAGUCACGAUAAUCCUUUGAGAGCGUCGAUACUCGACAUAAAUGACAAUAAAAAAUUAGAUAGGCUGCACAGAAAUACUAAAUUAGUCGGCGAAGCACUGGCGCGUCGGAUCUACAACUUAAAUUCCACGGAAAUAUUGUCGACGCCUGUCGCAGUGUCCAAAACUUCAUUAAAUGUUUGGUUUAAUUACUUGACGUCUCAGUCGCGGUCGGUGCCAAUUUUAUCAGACAGCAAAAACUCAAACAAUCCGCUGGUUAAUUCGUUGCAUGAAUACAUGCAGAGGUACUUGAGUGACGUUAAAAUUAAUUACUACUCUGCUGACAAAAGAGAUCCUGAGUUUGUGUUUUAUGACAACACCAAAACAAUAAUGAAUGUUUACAGUGUUAAGCCAGCAAUAUUCGAUUUAUUUUUGACAAUUGCUAUUGCGGUUUAUUUAGCGAUUAUUUAUUUAGCUGUAUAUAAAUUUUCAAACUUUUAUAGCUUCGUUGAGCGUUUUGCUAGCUAUAAAAAUAAAGUCCAUUAA